AUGCACGACGAACAGUUUGGCGCUAUCGCAGUUGUGCCCGGGGAGCGACUGCUGGUGCAUAACCCUCGCUGCCAAUCACAACGAUGCACCAGCUCGCCGGCGGCAGCCAUUGCCCGGGCUCGCAAUAAUUGCAGCCGUUUGCGGUUUUCUCUUCAGGCAGAGUUUGACAGUGCAGCGGGAGACGUAAAACAAUUAAAGACCAAACCAAGUGAUGAUGAACUGAGGGAGCUCUAUGGACUCUACAAACAAUCUAUUGUGGGAGACAUUAAUAUUGAAUGUCCAGGAAUGCUAGACUUGAAAGGCAAAGCCAAAUGGGAAGCUUGGAACAAUAAGAAAGGUAUGUCAAAGGAAGAUGCCAUGAAGGCAUAUAUUUCUAAAGCAAAGGAGCUGAUACAGAAAUAUGGAAAGUAGAGUUCCUGCAAUUAUAUUAACUCUUCCGUAGCUGACAGAUAGUUUGAAGGCAAGAGCACUAUUGGCUUGGCAAUUGAUGUAGAACUUUAUUGUCAGUAAUUCAACUCUACACAUUGUAUGCUGGCUGUAUUUGUUUACAAUAAAAUUUUA